CCGUCUACCUACAUGGCCAAAAAGGAAUUAAUUAGUAUUCUGGCUGGCAUACUUGCUCCUUUACAACGUGCAAUGCAGGGAUCGCUAACGCCAAUGGACUGACCACUAAUUAGCCUCCAGUGCCCCGCAAACCACCGAGGUUUCUGGCCACUGACCCCGCCAUGAUGCAGUCACAUAGCUGGAAUCUGCCCGGCUACAUGAAACUGUCCCCUGCGCCAAAACUUCUUCCCCGCCAUUACCGCCUCCAGGCUUGACCAGAGCUCCCAAAGCUCCUCCCCCAUCACGACAAAAACGAUCUGCUUCUCCGGACACCGAUCGCGGUGAAACAUCCGUCCAACCUACGAAAUAAAAUGCCCGCCGAGGAGUCCAAGCCCCUCGACCCGGCCGUCAAGGACGCCAACGACGCCCUGGCCGAGGCCACCGACAAGGGCAAGGGCAAGGAGCCCGAGGCCGAGUCGGAAGACGAAGACGGAGAGGAGGAUGUGCCCGAGGAGACAGCCCCUGGCGCAUCCGCCGGCGCGGCCAAGAAGAAGAAGAAGAAGUCUAAGAGAAAGAAGCUCAAGGAGGCCCUCACCGGCAAGCCCAGCGACCCCGAGCAGGCCGUCAAGGACGCCAUCAGCGGCCUCACCCCCCAGCAGCUGACCGAGCUCCUCGCCCUGAACCCGGCCCUCGCCAACGAGCUCGGCAGCGGCAGCGGCGGAUCCGGCGCCAAGUCGUCCGCCGAGAUCGCCGCGGCCAUGCAGAAGCUCGACCUGCAGGACAUCAUGACGGGCCUCGCGUCGGCCGGCAAGAACGCCAAGGACAUGGCCAGCUACAAGUUCUGGGCGACGCAGCCCGUGCCCAAGUUCGGCGAGUCGGAGAAGAAGAUCGAGGACGGCCCGAUCCGCAUCCAGACGGUCGACGAGGUGCCCAAGGAGGCGGCGCCCAUGGUGACCGGCUUCGAGUGGGUCACCAUGAACCUCGAGGACGACGGCGAGAUGAAGGAGGUCUACGAGCUGCUGAACGGACACUACGUCGAGGACGACGAGGCCAUGUUCCGCUUCAACUACUCUCCGGCAAUGCUCCGAUGGGCGCUCAUGGCCCCCGGCUGGCGCAAGGAGUGGCACGUCGGCGUGCGCGCGUCGCAGUCCAGGAAGCUCGUCGCCUUCAUCUCGGCCAUCCCCGUCAACCUGCGCGUGCGCAAGAACGUCAUCACCUGCUCCGAGGUCAACUUCAUGGUCGUCCACAAGAAGCUGCGCGGCAAGCGCCUCGCGCCCGUCCUCAUCAAGGAGAUCACGCGCCGCAGCAACCUGCGCGAGAUCUGGCAGGGCCUCUACACGGGCGGCGUUGUCCUGCCCAAGCCCGUCAGCACGUGCCGCUACUUCCACCGCGCUCUCAACUGGCAGAAGCUGUACGAGGUCGGCUUCAGCCCGCUGCCGCCCAACAGCAAGCCGCAGUACCAGAUCCGCAAGUACCAGCUCCCGGACGCCACGUCGACCAAGGGCCUGCGCGAGCUCCAGGAGCAGGACAUCGACGCCGCGUCGGAGCUGCUGACAAAGUACCUCAAUCGCUUCGACAUGGCGCCCGAGUUCACGAAGGACGAGUUCAGGCACUGGUUCCUGCACGACAAGAACGCGCCUGGCGAGCAGGUCAUUUGGACCUACGUCGUCGAGACCAACGGCAAAAUCACCGACAUGUUCUCCUUCUACUGCCUCGAGUCCACCGUCAUCAACAGCUCGAAGCACCAGGUGGUCCGCGCCGCCUACCUCUGGUACUACGCCACCGACGUCGCCUUCGCCACACCCUUCAACAGGGAGGCGCUCAAGACGCGGCUGAACUCGCUGAUCGGCGACGCCCUCAUCAUGGGCAAGAAGUACAAGUUCGACGUCUUCAACGGCCUGUCCCUGCUCGACAACGGCCUGUUCCUGGAGCAGCAGAAGUUCGGCCCGGGCGACGGCCAGCUGCACUACUACCUGUUCAACUACCGCGCGGCCCCAAUCGCGGGCGGCGUGGACAGGAGAAACAAGCUCGACGAGGAGAAUCUGAGCGGUAUUGGCUUGGUAAUGUUGUAAGGCGCCCCCGAGACGGACGACGAGGGGAGGGGGGAGAGGGGGGAGGAGGACCAGUAGCAAAAAAUAGCUCCGAAAGAGCAGCAGGGCCAAGGGAGGAAGCGCACCAUGAAUGCCGAAAGCAUUACCGGCGUCGAGGGAGGGGAAUGAAUGGUGAGAGGUAUCACUGAAUAAAUCAAAAUCAUCACGACGUACAAAAAACUGCCUAUCGAGGGGGGAGGAACGUUGUCGUGCCCAAAUGGCAUCCUUGCCCUCCCCCCUUUGCCCUUCCCGGCUUCUUAUGCCCCAACCAAGCCGAAAAAAAGAAAAAGAAAAGAAAAAAACCUGGCUUCCGUUACGCUACUGGCUCCAGCUUUUCCACCACGGCGAUUCGGUCCUCUAGCCAC